UUAACAUAUUAACUCACAUACAUAGGUCUACUCCUGGGACAUAAAAUAAAACACGGUAGGCCUACCCUUAUAAUUUACAACCACAACACGCUGUUUCUUUAAAUACGCUAUAACCCCGCCCCCUGUCAUACUGGACCAAUCCGCGGCACUGGCACAGAUACGUCUUUGAAUUAUGGUCCAAUAUUAACUCGCCUCUCAAGAACAGCAGGACAUUAGCGGACUACUGCAUUUUUUUUUAUUAACUAUCUCAAUAGUCAUCAAGCCUUUUAAGAAACGGGUGAUGCGACGCACCACGUCUGACCACCGAAGACGACCCGGGAUGUACAGACGGAUGCGUGGGACUCUUGGGCAAGGUUCACGUUGAACCCGCGAAUCCACGACGGCUCGUGCGUAUGAGGCCUCAUGGAGUUAGGGACUCAACGACUGUUGUGCACCAGGGAUCUUGGUCCACACCUGGUCCACAGAAGCAAACCUUGACACCGGGUGGGAACCAUCAACACUCUGCCUUGUUCCAUCCCCCUCCCGCCCCCAUCCACAUUCUCCCUCCUGCGAAGCUAAGUUGUCCAGGCUGCCCCAACGCAGCCCAUCUGUGGACCUGAAAAUGCUGGGGAAGCUGAAGCAGAACAUGCUGGUGGCCUGCCUGGUCAUCAGCUCCAUCACGGUGUUCUACCUAGGCCGCCACGCCAUGGAGUGCCACCACCGCUUCGAGGAGCACAGCCAGCCGGGCGGCGUCCUCCCGCUGUCUGCGCUGGGGGGCAGCAUGCGGACCACCCUGAGGACAGGCCAGAACCUGAGCACCCCUUUCAUCUACAAUAAGGACAUGCCGCUGGUGUUCAUCGGCGGGGUUCCCCGCAGCGGCACCACGCUCAUGCGAGCCAUGCUGGACGCCCACCCGGAGGUGCGCUGCGGCGAGGAGACCCGCGUCAUUCCCCGCAUCCUGGCCAUGAAGCAGAUGUGGAGCCGCUCAGGCCGGGAGAAGAUGCGCCUGGACGAGGCGGGCGUCACGGACGAAGUGCUGGACGCCGCCAUGCAGGCCUUCCUCCUGGAGAUCAUCGUCAAACACGGCGAGCCAGCCAACUUCCUCUGCAACAAGGAUCCGUUCGCCCUGAAGUCGCUCUCCUACCUGGCCAAGAUCUUCCCCCAGGCGAAGUUUGUGCUGAUGAUUCGCGACGGACGCGCCUCGGUCCACUCCAUGAUCUCGCGGAAGGUGACCAUCGCGGGGUUUGACCUGGGCAGCUACCGGGACUGCCUGACCAAGUGGAACCGGGCCAUAGAGACCAUGUACACUCAGUGCCUGGACGCAUCUGACAAGUGUCUGCCAGUGCAUUAUGAACAGCUAGUCCUGCAUCCUGAGAAAUGGAUGAGGACACUGCUGAAAUUCCUUGACAUUCCCUGGAAUGACGCUGUGCUCCACCACGAGGAGCUCAUCGGGAAAGUCGGAGGGGUGUCUCUCUCCAAGGUGGAGAGGUCCACAGACCAGGUGAUCAAGCCGGUCAACGUGGAGGCCCUCUCCAAGUGGGUGGGAAAGAUGCCCACGGACGUGCUGCGGGACAUGCCGGCCAUUGCCCCCAUGCUAGCCCGACUGGGCUACGACCCCCAUGCCAACCCCCCCAACUAUGGACGACCCGACCAAAAGGUCCUGGACAACACACGAAGGGUCUUUAAAGGAGAAUUUCAGCUCCCAGAUUUUCUAAAAGAACAGUCACAGCUUCAGAAAUCUCCAGAGAAGCCCAGUCCCACCUAGAGAGACGAGGCGUAUUGCGUCACCACAGAGUCGUCUUGGAGAUCUGCAGCCUGUUACCCCCUGAUACACUCAUCGGUGAGUUACGAACCCCUCGCCUUAACACACAGGCCCCUUUUUUAGCUGUCAGCUUUCCCUGUUAUUUAGAAUUUCUACUUUUUUUCCCCUAAAUCCUUGUAUGUGUCAAGUAGUCAAUCAAUAAAACCAAUGUUGGAACAUAGAAAGGUUUUGUGUUAUUUGGUAAAAUCUGAAAUCAUUGAUAGAGGUUUUUUUUUCUUCUCUUUUUUCAAAACACGCUGCUUGUAGGAGGGGACAUAAGCAAGGACGGACAUGCCAUGAAAACACCGCCUUGUUCACCGCCUUCCAUGGGCCUCUCCCGGCCCCCCUCUCUCCUCUAUCUGUCGCUACCGUAAAGCCGGACGAGGACUGUGCUCAUCUGGGGUCCUGCUGCUGGCCCUCACCAUACUGUCUGCGCAGAACUCUUUGCCUUGGGUGUUGUAGUGUAAAGGAAAUGUUUAUCACAACAGUGACCACAGAAUGUUUUAUUUCAGCCCCACGUCAUGCUCAUCGGAAUUACUUUUAGACAUUAUUAAUGUGCUUUAUAACAAACCUAUGAUUCUGUUAUGAGGAACUGCAGUGAAGUAAACACUGCAGGAUGUAUUUAUGGAGAAAUGUUAGCUUUUUAAAGAGGCAUUAUCUAUUUUAAUGUUUAAUUUUUUCAUGCUUUUGUAUCGUGCAAUUUAAUUGGUACAGUUUAAUUAUUGACUGUGAUAAACGAAUGGUUUCAAA